ACCAGCCGGCAGCCAAUGAGCGGCGGCGCAGAUGCAGCGGAGGAGUCGGCUCCGGGAACCGGGAGGACAGACGCCUUCACCCACCGGAGGUUCGGGAUCGCUUCUCACUUGCAGCCCACAGCGAGAUGGAAAAUAAAGCGACAGAUUUCUCCGGGAAAUGGAGAAUGAAAUCCUCAGAAAACUUCGAGGAGCUUCUGAAAGCGCUCGGUGUGAACGUGUUCCUGAGGAAGAUUGCUGUGGCGGCAGCCUCCAGCCCAGCGGUGGAAAUCGCCCAGCAGGGAGACAAUCUGUCCAUCAAGACGUCCACCAGCGUCCGCACCACCCAUGUUUCCUUCACUGUGGGCCAGUCCUUCAGUGAGGCCACGGUGGACGGACGCCCCUGCACGAGUUUUCCUAAAUGGGAAACAGACCGAAAGAUCAGCUGUGAACAGACUCUACUAAAAGGCGACGGACCGAAGACAUCAUGGACCAGAGAGCUGACGAACGAUGGAGAACUCAUACUGACUAUGACUGCUGGAGAGGUCGUCUGCACCCGAGUUUAUGAACGAGAAUAAGAUCAACUAAAUCUAGUUUUUGCUUUUGAGCUUUUUGCCCCGUUUCCAUUUGAUCGCCUUGUAUUUUAAUUCUUCUCCUCCAAUAAAUUCCAUUCUUUGCAAAUGUAUAAAGUGCAGAAUUACACUGUUCAGGUUUUAAAGAUGUGAAUAAACAGUUUCGUAAGAGUCA